GCUCCGUGCGCGGCCCGCCGCCCGCGCCUCCGACACCGGCCGCGCUCGCCGACCUUCCCCGCCCGCCCGCCGCCCGCGCCCCGCGCCCCCGCCCGAGGGAGGGCCUCGCGCGCGCCUCCGUCCCCGCUACCCCUCGCGCCAGCUCGGGGGGCGCGGGGACUCCGGGGUCCCUGCCCCGCGCCGCCCCAGCCCCGCUUCUCUCUCCAGGAAGCCCCCCGCCCCCCCACUCCGCCCCGCUCCCCAUCACAUUGUCACACCCCGGCGCGAGGUGCGCUGCCCGCUCCGGCAGGAUGUACCCCCAGGGAAGGCACCCGACCCCGCUUCAGUCCGGCCAGCCCUUCAAGUUCUCGAUCUUGGAGAUCUGCGACCGUAUCAAGGAGGAAUUCCAGUUCCUCCAGGCGCAGUACCACAGCCUCAAGCUGGAAUGUGAGAAGCUGGCCAGUGAGAAGACUGAAAUGCAGCGACAUUAUGUCAUGUACUAUGAGAUGUCCUACGGGCUCAACGUUGAAAUGCAUAAGCAGGCCGAGAUUGUGAAGCGCCUCAGUGGCAUCUGUGCUCAGAUUGUCCCGUUCCUGACUCAGGAGCAUCAACAGCAGGUGCUACAGGCCAUGGAACGUGCCAAGCAGGUGACUGUGGGGGAGCUGAACAGCCUCAUUGGGCAGCAGCAGCUCCAGCCACUGUCCCACCACAUCCCCCCUGUGCCCCUCACUCCUCGCCCAUCUGGGCUGGUGGGUGGCAGUGCCACGGGGCUCCUGGCCCUGUCCGGAGCACUGGCUGCCCAGGCUCAGCUGGCCGCGGCUACGAAGGAGGACCGGGCAGGUGUGGAGGCUGAGGGGUCCAGAGUGGAGAGAGCUCCGAGCAGGAGUGCAUCCCCCUCGCCCCCUGAGAGCGUGGUGGAAGAAGAGCGACCAGGCGGCCUGGGUGGCAACGGGAAGCAGCAAGCUGAGGAAAAAGAUCUGUCGGGACCUUAUGAGAGCGACGAGGACAAGAGUGAUUACAACCUGGUGGUGGAUGAGGACCAGCCCUCUGAGCCCCCCAGCCCAACUACCACCCCUUGUGGGAAGGCGCCCAUCUGCGUCCCUGCCCGUCGGGACCUUGUGGAAAGCCCAGCCUCCUUGGCCUCCAGCCUCAGCUCACCGCUCCCCAGAACCAAGGAGCUCGUUCUGAAUGACCUUCCUGCCAGCACCCCUGCCUCCAAGUCCUGCGACUCCUCGCCGCCCCAGGAUGCGUCCACACCCGGGCCCAGCUCGGCCAGUCACCUCCGCCAGCUCGCUGCCAAGCCAACGCCUUCCACGGACAGCAUUGCCCUGAGGAGCCCUCUGGCCCUGCCCAGUCCCUUCACCGCGUCCUUCAGCCUGGGCUCCCACAGUGCACUUAAUGGGGACCUCUCUGUGCCCAGCUCCUACGUCAGCCUCCACCUGUCCCCCCAAGUCAGUAGCUCUAUGGUAUAUGGACGCUCCCCCAUGAUGGCUUUUGAAUCUCAUCCACAUCUCCGGGGGUCAUCCAUCUCUUCCUCCCUGCCCAGCAUCUCUGGGGGAAAGCCGGCCUACUCCUUCCACGUGUCUGCGGAUGGGCAGAUGCAACCAGUGCCCUUCCCAUCCGAUGCGCUAGUGGGUGCAGGCAUCCCACGGCACGCGCGGCAGCUGCACACACUGGCGCACGGCGAGGUGGUCUGCGCGGUCACCAUCAGCGGCUCCACGCAGCACGUGUACACGGGAGGCAAGGGCUGCGUGAAGGUGUGGGAUGUGGGCCAGCCUGGCGCCAAGACACCAGUGGCGCAGCUGGACUGCCUGAACCGGGACAAUUACAUUCGUUCCUGUAAGCUACUGCCCGAUGGCCGGAGCCUUAUCGUGGGCGGUGAGGCCAGUACUUUGUCCAUUUGGGACCUGGCAGCGCCCACCCCGCGCAUCAAGGCCGAGCUGACCUCCUCAGCCCCCGCCUGCUACGCCCUGGCGGUCAGCCCCGACGCCAAGGUCUGCUUUUCCUGCUGCAGCGAUGGCAACAUCGUGGUGUGGGACCUGCAGAACCAGACCAUGGUCAGGCAGUUCCAGGGCCACACGGAUGGUGCCAGCUGCAUUGACAUUUCUGACUAUGGCACUCGGCUCUGGACGGGGGGCCUGGACAACACCGUGCGUUGCUGGGACCUGCGGGAGGGCCGCCAGCUGCAGCAGCAUGACUUCAGCUCCCAGAUUUUUUCCUUGGGCCACUGCCCCAACCAAGACUGGCUGGCCGUCGGCAUGGAGAGCAGCAAUGUUGAGAUCUUGCACGUCCGCAAGCCAGAGAAAUACCAGCUGCACCUUCAUGAGAGCUGUGUGCUGUCCCUGAAAUUUGCCUCCUGCGGGCGGUGGUUCGUGAGCACAGGGAAGGACAACCUGCUCAAUGCCUGGAGGACGCCAUAUGGUGCCAGCAUUUUCCAGUCCAAGGAAUCCUCCUCCGUGCUGAGCUGCGACAUCUCUGGGAAUAACAAGUACAUUGUGACGGGCUCAGGGGAUAAGAAAGCCACGGUGUAUGAGGUGGUCUACUGACAGAACCCCCUUCCUGCACUCGUGGGGAGAGGGUGUGCAGGAGAGGCCCCAGCACCCCCUCUCUAGUUGUACCUGUGGGCGCCGGAUCUCAUCUGCUCUCUGGCCAACCCCUCACAUCUUCCCUUGCUGGGUGUGGGGCCAGAUGGGCAGAGGGACUUUGGGGAAAUAAAUGUAUUUGUCACAA